AUGAUCAAGGCCUACUAUCGUUCCAAUACUGCGAGAGUCCUGGUCCGUAACAAUUUUUCCCAACCGUACGGUAUUCGGUCUGGCAUCCGACAGAGUUGUAUCCUGUCACCCAUACUGUUCAACUACGCUAUUGACUGGAUCCUCGGAAGGGCCCUACGCGACAGUGACGGCGUUGAAUUUGCAGCCGGACAUCGACUGACUGAUCUCGACUAUGCCGAUGACAUCGCCUUACUUGCUUCAAGUUUUGGUGAUCUGCAGUCUAUGGUGUCACGGGUGAACGAGGUCGCUAAAUCAGUCGGUUUGUCCAUAAACGCUGGGAAGACCAAAGUAUUCUCAAGCUGCAUCCCUGACCAGGAGAAGGCACCCCUGGGGAUUGAUGGCUGUCAACUUGAAGAAGUGGACAGUUUUAAAUACCUCGGGGCGCGGCUGCUGCCUAAUGAACAGAGUAAGGACGACAUUGUCUCCCGAAUCGAUGCUGCCCGCUGGGUUUUUUCAAGCCUUCGGAAAUGCCUGCGGAACCGACGUGACCUCUCCAUCGCCACUAAGAUUCGCGUGUACCGUACAUCUGUCCGGUCUGUCCUUCUCUACGGUUGCGAAUGCUGGGCUUUGCGCGUGGAGGAUGAGCGAAAACUGGAGGUAUUUGACCACCACUGCUUGAGGAUCAUCCUUCGAGUGAAGUUAACCGACUUCGUCUCAAAUGAGACAGUCCGCGCUCGCUGCGAUAACAUCAUAAGGAUAACUCAGGCCAUCCAAGAAAGACGACUGAGGUGGUUCGGGCAUGUUCUUCGUCGUCCACCUCAGGAGCUCAGUGUUACUGCCCUCAAUCCGGCACCGUUGCCCCAUUGGAGGCGUCAAAGAGGGGGUCAGUUCAAAACCUGGCUCGACACUGUCCGUCAAGACAUGGAGGUGGUUCUUGGACCUUCGGUAUUCGGUCUCCGUCGUUGGCGAAGGGAAUGGCUUGAGCUGUCUAGAUCUGCUGCCGCGGAUCGUCACGCGUGGAGAGGUACAAUUCGGGACAUCAUCGAGGCCGGCUAG